AUGCCCUCCCUCCAAUCCAGCAAGCUCGCCUUCAUCGGCGGCGGGAACAUGGCCUCGGCCAUCAUCGGCGGUCUCCUCAACCGGGGCGUCGACAAGCAGAACAUCACCGUCUCCGAGCCAUGGGACGUCAACCGCAACAAGAUCGCCGAGCUUGGCGCCAACACCACCACGUCCAACGUCGAAGCCGGCGGCAACGCCGACCUCGUGAUUAUCGCCGUCAAGCCGCAAGUCACCAAGGCCGUGUGCCAGGAGCUUGCUGAUGCCUGGUCCAAGCGGGAAACCCUGCCGGUUGUCGUCAGCAUCGCCGCCGGCAUCACGCUCGGAAGCUUGCAGCAGUGGCUGAAGACGUCUGACGGUCGAACCGCCCACCUCGUUCGCGUCAUGCCCAACACCCCUGCCCUUGUCGGUGAGGGCGCCUCGGGCCUGUUCGCCAGCGAGGACGUCACCGCAGAGGAGAAGGAGCUCGUCAAUGCCGUUCUCGGCAGCGUCAGCAAGGCGGCCGAGUGGGUUGACAAGGAGGAGCUGCUCGAUGUCGUGACUGGUCUUUCUGGCUCCGGCCCUGCAUACUUCUUCGCGAUGGUCGAGCACCUGAUCGCCAGUGCAACCGCCCUCGGUCUGCCCGCCGAGCAAGCCACCCGCCUUGCGGCGCAGACCUGCCUCGGCGCCGGCAAGAUGCUUACGGAGUCUUCCGACAGCCCUGCACAGCUGCGCAAGAACGUCACCAGCCCGAACGGAACGACGCAUGCCGCGCUGGAGAGCUUCAACGCGCAGAACUUCGACCAGGUCGUCGACAAGGCUGUCAAGGCGGCUACGUCUCGCGCUGCGGAGCUGGGCGACACCCUUGGAAAAUAG